AUGGCUGCUCCCAAUGAGGUUGUUGUCUCUUCUGAUGAAUCUUCUCUCGUGAAUGUCAACAUGUCAAAUGUGACUAAACUCACCGCAACAAAAUUUUUAAUGUGGAGUCGUCAGAUCCACGCUCUCCUUGAUGGCUAUGAUGUUGCUGGCUAUCUUGAUGGUUCCAUUUUGCCUCUCGAUGCUACUCUAACCACCGCUGAUACCUACGCCAAGCCUAGUCGUACUCACAUCAAGCAGAUCCGUGAUCAACUUACUCACUGGAAGAAGGGCUCCAAAUCCAUUGAAGACUAUGUCCAAGGAUUUACAAUCCGUUUUGAUCAGCUUGCGUUGCUUGAAAGUCCGAUUGCCCAUGAAGACCAGAUCGACUACAUACUUGGUGGUCUCCCCGAAGAUUAUAAACGUGUCAUCAAUCAAAUCGAAGGACGUGACACCACUCCAACGAUCACAGAGGUGAAUGAAAAACUCAUCAAUGAGGAGCUCAAACUUCAAUCUAUGGUUCACUCUUCCUCGGUUCCAACCACCACAAACACCGUCUCAUACAAACCUUCUGGCAGUCAUCAGCAGCCCCGUCGCAACACUCGUCAUGGUUCGCGUGGACAGCAACAUCACUUCUCGCGUAAUGAUUCUCGUGGUAUGGGACAUGGUUAUCAAGGGAGAUGUCAACUGUGUGGGGUGUUUGGCCACAGUGCUCGACGGUGCUCACAGCUUCCGUUUGGUGGUGGUUAUCCAGCGUAUUCUGGUGGUUCUCCGCAGCCUCCCAUGCAACCAUGGCAGCCACGUGCGAACGUCGCGAUGGCUCCUCCCUAUAAUCCAGCCAACUGGAUCAUGGACUCCGGUGCAACACAUCAUCUAACCUCCGACCUUGCUAAUCUCUCCAUGCAUCAGCCUUACACCGGUGGUGAGGAGGUCACAAUCGCCGACGGUUCUGGUCUUCCCAUCUCCCAAACUGGUUCAGCAUUACUUCCUACUCCAUCUCGCUCACUAAAACUUAUUGAUGUUUUAUAUGUGCCGAAUGUCUGUAAGAAUCUCAUUUCGGUAUAUCGGUUGUCUAAUGCUAACAAUGUCUCGGUGCACUUUUAUCCUGCUUAUUUUCAUGUGAAGGAUCUCAAAACGGGGGCCCAGUUACUCCAAGGCAGAACUAAGAAUGAGCUAUAUGAGUGGCCGGUCAUCAAUAAUGUCAUCACCAGCUUCACCACUUCACCGCAACCACGCACUGAUCUCUCCUCUUGGCAUUACCGGUUUGGCCAUCCUUCUUUACCAGUUUUAAAAAUUAUUGUCUCUGAGUUUUCUUUACCUUUUUCCUCAAAAACACAACAACAGUUUUCUUGUUCAGACUGUUUCAUCAAUAAAAGUCAUAAAUUGCCUUUUCACUCAAACACAAUUACCUCUACUCGCUCUCUUGAGUAUAUCUAUUCAGAUGUUUGGACAUCUCCCCUUCUUUCCACCGAAAAUUUCAAAUAUUAUCUUGUGAUGGUUGAUCAUUUUAUCCGCUAA